UGCCCGAACGCAACUGUUUCUUUCCCGCAUCGCAGAGAAGUCUCAUUCAGCCAGGAUUUCGCGAAGCUGCUGCGUGAGCUGUAUCAGAAACCCACCGACGACCGUGCUCCUACCGUUUUCAUGGGCGCAACUCAACACGAAAUAAAAACUAAUCGUACAUUUAUCUCUUUCAAGCGUCUUCGCAUGUUCUAUACGAGUAAAUAUGUUAACUCCCGGAAUGUCAACCACCCUGUAAGCAGUGUGGCGCGCAAGCCGGGAGAAUUCGUGUCGUAGCCUCACGCAGCAGCAGGCAGACGGGGCCACUGCUCUCAUUAGUCUGAAUAACAGGUUCACCACAGGCCCACAAGAUUAGACUGUGAACAACGGCAAAGCAAUUUUCCCGUGCUGCAUCGAAUUACAUUUAACUCAACGACUGUGAGUUCCUUGCGUCAUCCGCUUGCCGCGCCAGCAUACUCCUGUAUGGGGGUUCGGAGUGUCUUUCCCAUCCUCCGAAGCGAGAAUCAUACGUCCACGAAAAAGAACUUGAGGCUCCCCUACGACACAGAUGAGUCCUUUGGAGACCGAGAGUCUCUACUUUAUGUUACAUGCAUCCAUUUUGACGGACCCGUUUCCUGUGCGUUUCCCUUCCUUCUCCGAGCAUUUGUCGCGCCACUUUUUUCACCGACUCUGGAGGUCCCCCGUAAGUUCCGCUCUCCGCGAAGAGGCACAACAGCGACUUAAAAAUCGGCCUGGGUACGUAAAUUCAGAUAUUCCUUUCUGCAACAAACAGACGAGGCUUCUCCAACAUAUGGCUUCAUGAAAGUGACAUUUAUUCCGCGUUCUCAAACGCGAGUAGAAUGCGCGUGUGACACACCUGGGAGAGGCAUUGUAGACCGGCGGGACCCGCCGGUCUAAAGCUCCCUUAUGCAGCUCGAGAAGGCGGACUUUGUUCCGCCGCUGCCUCCAGCGACUUCUACUCGAAUUCUGUCGGGUACUAUGUUUUACCGAAGGGCUGCAAUGUGCAAGAAUCUUGUUGGAUCUGUGUUUGCUCUUCCCCCCCUGCUGGCGCUGCUCCUGGCGGCAUGGAGUCCUCAGCACUUGCCGUUCACGCUCGCGGCGAACGGCGGCUCCGAGCCUGGAACGAGCGACGUCUUAUUGGAUGUCUCCUUUGCUGAAGUCGGCAAUCAAUGGUCCUCACUGAUUUCUUCCGGUGAGAAUGGCGUUUCUGAGUUGAGCGACGACCAGUCCUCUAGGUCGCAGGGUCGUGAACGACUGGGUGGAGGAACUGGCUUGCACCAUCGCACGACAGAGGACGAACACCAGGAGACUGCUGCAGGCAAUUCUUCUGUUCAAACCGGGCAACACCGGAUUUUUGACUCACAAAUCUCUUCUGGAAACACAGCAGAGGUCGUAGCCGAGCCUCCGGGUUCUGUCUGGGGGACGCCACUCAGCGAGCGACUUAGUCAGGCGGACGUCAGCAAGGACCGCACGCUUUCGCCGCAUCCGUCCCUUUCUCCAUUUCCUGCGAGGUCUCAGUCUCGCUCGCUCGACGAAACGCGGGAAGCCCCGUGUGGUGAGAAGGCACUGCAGUCGGCAGAAGCGUUGCGCCGUCGUGCGGUCUUUACAGCGAGACGGAAGGCGCAGGCAAACGGAGCCGAAGUGCCUGCCAGCGCGCGGGGCCUCGAGGAACGACUGCAACGGCGUUGCGUGCGAGAUCGCCGAAAGGCACUGAAGGUCGAGGCGCGGUGGAAAAUUUCGCUCCUUUUCGCCACGCUUUUUCUCCAAGUCCUCGACUCGUAUAUCUUCGUCUACAGAGACUACUACGACCAGAUGACCGUGGCGCGAACAGGGGGAACCCGGACUCUUGGGACACUGCUUUUUCGUUUCUUCCACAACCGGCUGGUUUUCUACGUGUUCCUGGCAAAAAAUCUUAUGUUCUUUUGGGACGUGAUAAGCUGGCUAAACGAGUACCCGAGUUUCGACUACUCAGCCGUGCUACGAUUUUCCCAUAAGCACCAGCCCCUUGCCAAGCGACCAGGGACCCCACGAAAGGCCGUGGGAUCCGAAACGAAGAAGGAUGUGACGUAGAGAAGAGGGCGAGAGGAGCGGUGACAAGGAAACAUGCUGCGCAGCGUUUUAAAAAGAUUGCACAGAGAGAAUCUGGAAACAAUCUGGCGACACGGAGGCCUGCAGCGAGAUGUUUGAACACGAAGGAGCAGAAACGGCACCUGAUCUCCACGAGGCGGCGCGACUUCUGCGCCGAUGCCCUCGAGGAUCCGAGUUUUUGUAGCGAACAGUUUGUUCUAAUCCCUGCGGAUGAGCAGGCAGCAGCUGUAUUCUCACUGGAACUUAGAGGCACCACACCGCCCGCUACCUGUCUAGAUGGCUCGCCUUUUUGUCCCCAAAAGGAUCGGACUCGCGUCUUUCCUUGCGAGUCUCAUGACGUUCGAUUCUUUCUACGGGUUGCUGCUGGCGGCAAUUCGGUGCUCACCUGGUUGAAAGCCGUUACUCUCUUCCCAUCGGUUUCAGCGGAAUUCUGGCGGGACGUGCUGUCGUUGUUUCAUCAAGGACAGUUUCGCGAUGAUCCACGCCGGCAAGGAAGAGUAACCAGAGCGAGGGGAGCAAAGAUUCAGGAUCGCGAGUCGCUGAGGUGGGGAUCUUCCCUCAAUCUCUAUGUUCUGUGAACUGCGUGGAAAGAGUGAGCCACGUGGAAGCGCGCUAACACAGCUGCAAUCAAACCAUGGUACAGAUCGAACGCUGUACCUAGGAAGAGUCGAGUCGAAUUCGCUUGGACAAACAAACGGCUAGUGAUGUGUGUUUUAGAAAGUGUUUGCUUAUGCGGCAUUUUUUUAAAGAUCCCACCAAAAUCGCUAGGUAAUAAGGGAGAACCGUGUUGAACGCGCAGUCGACGAACAGACUGGGCUGCCCGAUUUCAGAAGAUGGAGGCGCGGGUGUGACGCGGGGCCUGGGGAAAAGGCAGAACUGUGAGCAUUCAUGGAAGAAGCGCGGCCUGUGGGGAGACGCAGCUGAAGGUGAAAUGCUGGAGAAAAGAACGGGUUCCAGAGGUGAAGCUCUGUGAACUUUGUUCGACCCUGAUGUUUGAACCUCCCUAGACGAAACAGAGAAGAAAGCAGUAAAAGUUGAAUUUGGGAGAAAGUGGGUUACCUAUUGUCUGUAUAUUACACCUGGUGAAUGGGAACCACAUGCUUUUUGGGUUCUUGUAGACGUACUCCUGACAAGCUAUUAUGUUUUGUUCCUUGCCUCUAAGCAGCAGGAAACCGUCAGACGUUGGUGAAUGAAACUAUGUCAACUUUGGUUCUCUCAACAAGCGUUGU